AUGCCAGUGCUCGAAAACAAACGGCAGCAUGACUCAAAGCAGACACCAUUCACAGCUUCCACUAGCGCAAAUGCAACAUCACCCAACGUGAAUGGUAGACGUCUUUCUGAGCCCAGAACGCCCCAAACACCAAAACGCUUAAACAGGAGGUCGUCCAAAACGGGCGCUAUGAAGAACACUGCCGAAGUCCUCAGCAAUGGCCUGCGCGUACAUAAGAUCCGACAUCUGCCCAACGGCUAUGGCAACGACCUGCAGCCGCACAAACCCUCCGACGCUCCCCUUCACGAAAUGCUUGACGGUGCACGCGACGGUGCUGUCGCCGAGAAACUUAACAUGGUGGCUAACCUUCCGUUCACCAACAUGCCUCCAAGGUUGACAACAAGUGCUCCGCAUUUCGAACAAUUGAUGGACGACAAGAGCAGCACAUUUACUGAAAUCUCUCGCGAGGAAAAUCCCUCGGCAAUGCCGGUUAUUCCUCAUCUCACCUGUGAAAUCAUGGAUCAACUGAAAGAGGAGGUUCAUCAUGAUCGGAGGGACCAGCCCCAAGACUCUAACUUUGUCGUCGAUUACGAUGCCAACAGACGAUUCCGACCCGCCAAAGCCUUUGUAAAUCGGUCUUUAUACUACACUCUGAGUGAUUCAGAGAUAUUGUUAAAGUCAUUCCGAGACCAGCUCGCAGAUGACUACAGUUAUUCUCCGCUGCCUCAUCUCGAUGCCCAUUGUUUGUCGCACGCUUUCAGAGAUUGGAACCAAAGGAACGGCGCCUUGGUGUUUGAUAGCUUAUACGAAGCCCUGGAAGCACUAUUCAGACCACCCCCAGAGCUUGAUUCGCAAAAGAGUCCGCACCUGAAACCUUCCCGUAAACAUGCCGCUACGCCACAGUCUACUUCUUCGAAAGAUGUGCCUGGGAGAUAUUUAUCUGACAUCGAGGCCGCUCACUUAGUCAUGAUCUGUAUCCACGCACUGACGUCUUUAAUCCCCAUCGGCUGGCCGCACACAUGGGUCCAGGUGCGUAACCUCCGAGGCUGGGGAGUGGUCAUUCCUGGAGCACCUUCCAAGACAACUCAGAACGAUGAUUUUGCGCAUCCUUGGCUCGAUAUCGUCGAUCAAUUGGAAUAUGAGCCGGCUAUUCGCUUAGCAACCCGACUACUCCAAGCCAUCGGAACAAGAAGGUGCUAUGAGCAUAUGCUUGCAACAUUACACGCUCGAGACGAAGGCCAGGGACCGACAGAAUCGUUUAUGAGUGUGGAACGCUUGCUUCCGAUUUUGCUAGGGCAUCUUACCCAAGUUGAGAAAGCUGCCCUACAAAGGAAAGGGAAGAUGAGAUCGAAUCAGAACAUGGAUGAAGAUCCUGGCUGGACUGUUACCGCAACAUUCAUGGAGUGGCUUCGUACCGUCAUUGUGAAACAAUGGGAUGGCAAUGUUGACAUUAAUAAAUGGGGCAGCGUUGAUACCAACAUGGUUACCCUAAAUCUACGCCCUGAUAUGUUUCUCAUCCCUCAUUUUAAUGAGGAGAUUGACUGCAUACAAGCGCCGCUGGAUUUUCUCAAGUACAAAGACCGACCAAAUUCGUUCCACAUCCUGCAACACCACAUGUUCUUCACGCAAGAUGCCCUUGUGGGAUACUUCCGUGCCAUCAACUUCAAUCGCAUGUUCAAGCAAUUCCAAAAGUCAGCUCGCAUUACCAACUUUCAGUCACGGUGGGACCAGAUCAUUAGCAGCCCUCGACAUUGGAACGUUGCAAUGGAUCACCUGGAAGUGGCUCUUGCGGAAUACCUUGUUUUGGACGUAACUCGACAAGAUCCGCUCGAGGAGACUUUAGACCAAUUGUGGGGACAGGAGAAACGGAAGCUCAUGAAGCCACUCAAGGUCAGGAUAGGUGUUUUGGAAGGGGAGGUCGGAUUGGAUCAAGGUGGUGUGACGUAUGAAUACUUUAGGCUUAUACUCGCUGAUGCAUUCGGCCCCGAGACUGGUAUGUUCACAGUUGAUGCGCAGACUGGCAUGACGUGGUUCCAGCCGGCAUCUCUCGAACCUCUCUGGAAGUUCGAAAUGAUCGGCGUCCUCCUUUCGCUCGCCAUCUACAAUGGAAUCACCCUUCCCGUAACCUUUCCACUUGCCUUAUACGAUUAUGUUCUGUCGGAGGAACACAAUAGCGAAGACAUAAGCGCCGUUGACUACAUUGCCGACGGCUGGCCCACUCUAGCGAGAUCUUUCCACGAGUUCCUCGACUAUUCUGGCGACGUUGCAAAUGUUUUCGUGCGCGAUUAUACAUUCAGCUUCUCGGCUUUCGGUCAAAAUAUUGACGUUGACAUGCACGCCUUUCGCGACCGCAUAUGGCCAGACUGCAGUUCGGAUCCCGAGAGCCGAUCGCCUAGCCCCAACCUGCCGCUAUCUCCAAGCCUUCAUGAUGCCUCAUGGCGACGGCCAAGGGACGUGCAUGCGGACCCACCGACAGUUACAAACGAAGACAGAGAACAAUAUGUUGAUGACUACGUCGAGUGGCUCACAUACAGGUCCGUUGAGCGGCAGCUCAAGGCCUUUACCCGGGGUUUCCACACGUGCCUCAACCGCACGUCCCUCUCCUUCUUCACGCCCUCCACACUGCGUUCCCUUGUAGAAGGUUCGUCCAAUAUUUCGAUAUCCCUUCUCCGCACGCAGGCUGUACGCUACGAGCUGCCGUACCAUGCUACACACCCCACAAUUCAGGAUUUCUGGGCUGUAGUCGAAGGAUACGACGAAGAGGAGACGAAGAGGCUCCUCGAGUUCGUAACGGCAAAUGAGCGGAUUCCAAUCACCGGAUAUGACAGUGUCAAAUUUGAGAUCGUCAGGAUUGGGAGUGAUACGGAAAGUUUACCCACGAGUAGUACGUGUUUCGGAAAGCUGUGGUUACCGGAGUACAGGAGUCGGGACAAAUUAAGAAGGAAGCUGGCAAUCGCUAUACGGAAUAGUGAGGGGUUCGGAAUCGUUUAG